AUGGAUCGACUUCCGCAGGAGAUCGUCGACGACAUCAUCAGUCACCGUUUCAUAGACGAGAUCAUCCACCCGUACAGACCCAAGCUCCGGCUUAUUUCCCGGUUUGCAACGGUCUCCCGCAGAUUCCAGUAUGCCAUCGAGCGCCUGCUUUUCCGUACCAUCGAGAUCAGCAACCUCAAUAACGACAUCCAAAUGUUCGAGUCUCUUUUCUCCACCAGUCCCUACCGCCGCGACUUCAUCAAGCGUGUGACGUUGCGCAUUCAGCUGGAUAAAUACCUCCAGCGUAUCAUCCGAAUUUAUUACAAAGCGCUCGAUAUGGACCAAGCAGGCAGUGAAGCGUUCAGAGCGGUCUCUGAGACGCUGCUGAUCCUCUCGGCUUGGACGGAUCGCCAGGCCAUCCGCUUGACCAUCUGCUGCCAGACAUGGGGAAAGGUCGUCGUGCCGGGAGGCAUACCCGUCAAGGGCCAACAUCGCUGUCAAGAAUUCACGGUCAUCGAGCUGCCGGAUCUUGAUACGCUGCCAGCGGCGCCGUGCAUCCGGUCCCUCGAGAUAACCUGCAUUGAUGCCUCUCCACAGGUACACCCUUUCAGCGUCGUCACCAUCGCCAAGGCGUGCCCGAAGCUUGAUGACCUCAUUCUCGCCCACGCCGACCCGUACAGCUAUCACGAGCUUGAGUUCCUCGACGAAUGGGAGCACCCAGACUCCGAGAUCGCUUUCCAGCUUCCGACCCACAACUUUGCCAAGGUCUACAUCGACCCCCCGGUCUGCUUCUGGCUCGCGCAGCUGAUGGACUUCGUGACCGCCAGAUACCACGCAAGCUUCUGCGUCACAAUGCACAAUGUGCUCAACAACUUCGCGAGGCUGGACUACCGCGGCAUCCUGGAGCCGUCCUUCUUCUGGCCUUACGGUCCCUCGGAGCAGCCUGCACCUUUCUGGCAGGGCAUGACGUACAUGUGCCUGCAGUUCGAGCCAGUCAAAAUCUCCGGAGAGUGGUACUUCAAGACCGGCCGCCAGAUAGGCCAGUGCCCCGUGCAGUUUUGGCGGACUCUGGAAGAAGACGUCAUGAUGCCCCUCAUCGAGACGAUGUGCAAGGCCUUGGAUCAGAUGCCCAGUCUGAAGACAUUUCAGAUGUCCUGCGAAGUAAUCCAGAUGAGUCGCGGCGGUUAUUGGCGGCUUUCGUACGCGGCGCCUGGCGUUCCGUCCAACUUCGACAAGCAUGUCGAGAUCCCGCCGAACAUGGCUCGCGUGUCCGGCGGCAGUGGGGGCGCGGUUGGCGGCGAUGCCGACCUUGGAAGUGGCCAUGAUGAUGGUUUUAAGAGCAGUGGCGAUGGUGCUGAAGCGAGCAAGUCGUCUCAAGGCACCGACGACAGCUCCCUGGAUCAGGUUCGUUCGUUUCGGAGAUGGUUGCUUGAUGCUGGAGACUGGAAGCCCUCCGCUGAGAUUUUGGAGGCUCUGCAACGGGUGGGAAGAGGAAUUCAUGGUCAGGAUGCUUUGAUCUCGUUCGUCCCUUUCGGCAUGUUCUGGUAA